AUGAUCUGUAACCUGCUUCUGUCCUGCUCCGUCCUUCUGCUCUCCUGCAGUCAUCUGUUAGCACAUCCUGUAACGGACACAGCUGACAUGACUUACAGCGGCCCUGACUCAGUGGAAGAGGCUGGAGGCGUCAGUCCAGAUGAUUUCUCUGUCUCUGAUCUCAAUGAUCUCCUGCAGAGGGCGGCAGUCGUAGGAUAUUCCCCGUUGCUCAGCCAAGAGAAUAUCAAAGUGCCUGGGCAGACUCCUAAAGAGGCUCUGAAAGAGCUACUGUUAGAAAAAGCGUAUCGCCUCAUUCCUCCCAGUGGUCUGUGGGGCAGCAGGAGAAGGUUCAGGAAGAGAGGCGGCGGUGCAGAUUGCUUCUGGAAAUACUGUGUUUGA